AUGGUUCUCUCAGAUACAGUAUCACAACCCGAAGUAGAACCUGGCAUCUAUGAGUUACAGAAAAGAGAGCGUGGGAAGGUAAACGUGUUCAUAUUUGCACUAAAUGAAACUGAGGCAGAUACAAGAGAAGGCAGGAUGGAGAAGGAAAUAAAGGCAGUGAGAGAUCUUAGGAAGUCGGUGAACCCUAAUACACCUCUCGCGGAUAUUAAUACACUUCGGCUUGGCCAAUUCACACCAGGAAAAGUUAGGCCAGUCAAAGUGAUUUUCAACACGGAAGUAGAUGCAUUGUCCAUCCUCAGAUUCAAGAGUAAACUGGAUAGAACAGGAAAAUAUUUAAAAUAUGACCAAACUAAAGCACAAAGAGCAUACUUAGGCAAGGUAAUACGAGAACUUGAGGAGAGGACAGCAAAUGGUGAGAUAAAUAUCAAAAUCAAAUAUCAUAAUGGGACCCCAAAGAUCGUCAAAUUCAGAGAGGCCAUGGCAAAUGCUGGAGGCGGCCAAAAAAUUCCCAAUAAUGUCUGA